GAGGGCAGUGGAGACUAUCUGCAACCACCACCGCCACCACACUUCCCCGAGGGAACCGAUGAUGGAAGCAGAAGACCCGAUUUCGGUCCUGAUUUGAACGUUGGUGAGAGACCUGGUGAAAGAGAACGGAUAACGCCACCUCCAUCGAUAGAGCCACCAAUCGUGCUUCAGCCGGACGAGGCGACCUCUGCCAGGCCAACUGAGCCCGAACCACCCAUUGUGGUUCCACCGGGCGUUUGGGUGCCAGGCAAAGGGAAACAGCCCGGACAGCUGCCUGAAUCUCACCUCUUCCGGCCGGUCUAUGACCGGGACCGUAGUGUCACACCGCCACCACGAACGACCAGUGCAGCGAACUCUGUGCAUUGGUACUCUGUGACAAUGAGUCUCCUUUUGAUGUUCCUCUCUACGUGCAGGCUUAUUGGCAGUAUCGUCCUCUAG